ACCAAUUCAACCAAACUACGAAAUAGCACUCAACUCCUCUUAGCCCACUCGACUCAAAAAUACUUGCAAAAAAUUCCUCAUCGAGCCUUCUCGAACCCAAAAUCUAUCAUAACCCAAAGUCUAUUGACACAAAACCCAAAAAGAGCUAACCUCAAGCAGAGUUCAUCAAUAUCUAAAGAUGUUCAGAAAAGCAAUUGCCGCCGGCGCCGGCGUUCACCAACCAUGGCGCAUGAUUUCCCGGCGACAUUCCUCCGUCGUAUCCUCCGCCGUCAACUCUAUCUUACUCCGCUCACUCAAAGACCACUACCUUGAAGUCUCCAAGAUGGCCCCACCACCGAAAGUUAACCCACCUGCUGAUUUCACGAUUAUGAAGGGGGCAUUGGAUUCUAAUGGCCCAGUACUAAAGAGGAAUUACAAAAAUGAGGAAAUUAGUAUUUCUGUAAUGAGAUUAGCUAAUUUUGUUACUGAGGAAGAUGAAAAUGAUGAUGAUGAUGGUGGGAUUAAUCAAUUGUUUGUUCAUGUUGAUGUUUCGAAACCUGGGAUGAGUGAUUCUAUGCAUUUUCUUUGUUGGAUGUACCCGGAUGCUGUGGGGAUUCACUCUGUUGCACUCAGACCUAAGACUACUGAUGAGGGGUUCCUUAUGAUUCCUAACAAAUACACCGGCCCGCUUUUCGAAAAUCUUGAUGAAGCAACAAGAGAUGCCUUUCACAAUUAUAUAGAGGAACGUGGCAUAAAUGAGAGUCUUUUUCCUUUCCUUCAAGCAUGGCUAUAUGUAAAGGAUCAUCGGAAUCUUAUGCGCUGGUUCAGGUCAGUUGGUCUUUUUGUCAAUGGACGCGAGACGGACAAAGGAACAGAUGAGGCAGCUGCUAAUGCUAGUAAAUCCAAUGCUGCUAAAGGUGCUUAAUAGUCUUUGCAACAUUUAGGCUAUUAUACAAGUAUUAUAUUGCCAAUUUGGUGGGACAUCAGAUAUGUACCUGUUUUGAGAUUAGUUAACAAGUGAACCGUUAUUUGCACGUCUAGAGAUUAGAGUUGCUUGAUGCUCUUCAGUUUUGCACAGUUGAGGAAAAUCUUCGUGGUGACAGGCUUAUACUUAUUUCAACAGUUUAUAUUAAUCUAUGCUUCACUUAAUAUAGAUGAUGCUCUUUUUGUAGUCGUCGAGUAGUCAUACAAUUUCAAUGGCCUUCGUCACUGACCAUCUCUGGUUCUAAGAUUUCUUGUAGUAAACAACUCAUUGUGUUGAACAUUUUGUAUAGCUUUUUUCUUCAUAUUCUGAUCAAGAAAAUGUAUUGGCCUUUCGUCAGUGUC